AUGCACUGGCUGAUGCUAGGGAGGAAAACAAAGCAGACGCGAACAGCGGUGACAAGGAGAGCACGUCGGGGACUUCGCUCUGCGAGGAGUCGAGGAAAGCCGCUGUUACCUUUUCUGAUCGCUCUUCCGUUUCACCUUUGUUCUUCUUCAGCCUCCGCCCCUCCGCCUCUUCGCCCUCCCUUUCUUUUCUUGCUCCUGCUGUGUGGGCAACGGAAGGAUGCACGCCGCUGCGCUGUGUUUCACCGCCCUGUCGCUGCGAUGUGGAGGCGGAAAGACGAAAAGAGAAGAGUCUCUCUGUUUCUCUCGAGAGCAGAUAUCUGGCGAAAGGAAUUAUGUCUCUCUCCCCCCCGCCUCCCGACGUCCGCAUACACCGUCUGGAGCACCGCCGCCUCUUUUUGGGUAGCCUUUUCUGCCCUUCACUUGUGUCUGCCGGUUAAACUUUCUUCCUCGAUCAGCUUGCGUGCUUCGGUGUGCUCUAACGGAAACUGGAGAACGUGCCGGUAUUGGUUUUCAAUCCUUCUGGUUUUUGCGACGUACGCAUCGAAGCUGCAUCUCGGCCUUUCGUGUUGGUGCCUGCGCUGUUUUUUUUUUGUUCUCUCCAUGCCGUGCCACCGCACACGAAGGAAGCUCCUCUUUUCUUCCUUUUCGUGGUCGUGUCGAAGGAGGCACAAGCGGCAAUGUGGCCCACCGUAUGGAGAGAGGAAGGAAAGGCGAAGCGGUGGAGCGCAGGCAACGGCACUGUAUAGGCGGGUACAACAAUGCGCAUGGGUGCGUGUGAGAGGAGGAGGAGAGUGA